AAUGUUGCACCACGAUCUACUAGACUACGCAGUUCCACCGCCCCUCCCUCGCCUGGACUCUGGGACACUUGUUCCCUGUCUCUGCCUCUCUCCCUCUGUUGAAGUUCGUAUCUCUGCGGCCCCCUGUUGGCAUCUGCCUCCACUGGGUCCCGCGUCCGCCGCCGUCACCGUCGCUCGCCCUCGUUGUCCGCGAACCAGGCUUCCAGGCCUUGGGAGUCCUCCAUUCCAAGCUGCCCAAACCCGAACCCUGCAUCGACGAUAUGCCAUAUGACUGAUCUGACGACCUGUGACAAGCCUCACCUCACCUCAUCCUCUUUUUUCUGCUGCAUUGCGCACAAAAAUCAGAUCCCACGCAUACUCACUUCAAAAACACCAACUGCAAGCAUUGGACCAUCGGCGAUUUCGCAAGCGAAUCUUUCUGGCUUCACAUCCGACCUCUACUGCGACAUCGAUUUUCGUUCCUGACGCUCUGCCUCCCGAAACUCCACGCGCUGCAUCUUGUGACGGCCUGGCGCAACUGGCGUCUCGCUUCUGCUACACCUGCGGUCCUGCAUUCAAUCGGCCGCCCUCCGCGCCCGACCAUCGAAAUUGAACGCUUGUUCUCUGAGUGGUAUUGCCUCAUAUACAGGAUCUAUACUGGCACCCGUGCUCGUGUGCAGCCCACUGGCGCAUUCCGACCCUCCCUUGCGCCCCCUUGUGAAAAAGCAAAAGCAAGAACUCCCUUUUCCGGCGCCAUUCACAGUCCCGACGACGAAAAAGAGCCAAGGACCUUUCCCGUCACAACCGCCGCUUGUGCGAACUUGUCCGUGCGCCGACUCCAUAUCUCGGGUCUAGCAUCGUCAUCGCAGAGAUACUUAAUAUCUUGUCGCAUUCCCCGGAUUUCUAGUGAACCAUAUCGGCGAAGAGCUUGUACAGAAAGAACACCAGUCUCGCCCAGUCCCAGAGCGAUAUGGCAGAUAAAAUUUCUAUCACUAUCUGUGGGGAUGGAGGAUGCGGUAAAUCAUCCAUUACGCUUCGGCUCGUGCGAUCACAAUGGACGUCAGAGUACGAUCCCACCAUUGAGGACUCUUACUCGGUCACGCGCACAAUCGACGGCCUCAACUAUCACCUCUCACUGACCGACACCGCGGGCCAAGAAGAAUAUCGAAGUCUGUGGGCGGCGUCCAACCUACAGUCGGACGCUUUUCUACUUGUCUACGACAUCACCAAUGCCGCCUCUCUCGAAGGGUUGACGUGGUUUCUCGACAUGAUCGACAUCGAGGCCGAAAACCGACUCGAGCAGAAUUCGAGACUACUUCAACAAAAAGGCCCCAAGGUUCGCGGCCGAAGAGAAGAAGGCUGGAAAUUCCCUCCGAUCAAGAUCAUCGCAGGCAACAAAUGUGAUCUCAAGGACGCCCGAGUGGUCAGCAGCAAGUACGGCUGGGACUGGGCCAAGAGCAGAGGCUGUGGGUUCAUGGAGACUUCGGCCAGAGAAAUGGUCAAUAUUGAAGAGACAUUUGCUUUGAUUGUUCGCCGGGUCGUCGAGGCCAGAAGACAACAACAAGGCUCAGGCGCCGAAAUGGCUCCUCAGUAUCCCCCCUUUGGUUCCAUUAAAGGUCAUACUCCCAACGUCAGCGCCGGCGCUUCCCAAGUUCCCAGUUCUAUGCGUCCUACUCCCCUACCGAUGGCCGAAAAGUCCGGUUUCGACGAUGACAAUCCUCCUGUUCCAUGGUGGAAACGGAUUUUCUGCUGUCAGGGCUGAUGAACAACAAAAGAGAGACCAGCACCCAACCAUUUUGGGAGCUUAUAUUCGCCACAUGGUUUCUUUGUCCUCUUGUACAGUACGGGCGGCUAUAUACUGUGUUCGCUGUCCUGGCUUCGACCUGGUCGCAUUGAGUGGUCAGCAUUCAAAGUCGGGGACUGUAUUUAUACUAUGCGAAAGCGCCCUCAUACCCGGUGCUGCCUUGGACACGAGAAGUUACAGUCAUCACAUUGCAUUCACCAAGGCGAUCAGCCUAUUUGGCAAGCCACGCCACGCCACGAUGUGUGCUGCCUCGCUCGAAUUCGGCCCAUCAGGUCGGCUGGUGAGGAGGCCAUCCGGAUAUAUAUACUUUAGCAUCCAUCCACCACUCAAGUUGCCCUGCCGAACUUAGCCGAGCUGAACAGGAUACCUGGAAUCGGGCCCUCCCUCCCCACAACAAUCUGAGUCGAUUCCUGCGAGUUGCGGAGCGAGCAGCAAAAGGGACCCGCCCCUCCACGAACCGGAACCCGGGAAUCAAUCCAGUUUCCGUUUCGAGAGACUCUUGACCGCGUCCGAGAUACAAGAUCAACGACCGACCUGUAUUUAUUUCCCCCCGGACUGGCCAGAGGAUGGGUUCCUACAUCCAUCGGCAAUACCAUUCGAGUUGAUUGACUGACUGGCGCUUCGGUCUCCGACAACGCCCGCCAUCUUUUGUUUUUUUUCAGUGUGUUCUGCUGGACUGGCGCCAAGUGCAGAAUCCGUACCUACCUACACUACCACCGCUGCCGGCAUCCACGGGACUCUCGGCAAGGAAUGGACAGGGGACAGGAACAAGCUGGUGAAUGAAAUGGCUGCCUCACUUGAUGUUUUUUGAUCUAUCACCCUACCUACCUGCCGUACCGUCUAUACCUUUGUGAUUUCCUCUGAUCCAAAUAAGCAGGCGAUUGAUUCGUUAGACAGUGUUUAUGUUUAUGUCUAUGUUAAACAAUCUUUUUUUGCUGCGUUUGGCGAUCGGAAAAGCAGACGGAACCAUAUCUAUCUUACAGUAUCUCUAUCUAUAUACCUAAGUAUCUGUUAUUACAUGGGCAUACAUAUACCUAGGUAGGUACUUUACGUACCUUGUAUGCGGAUAUGUAGCUGAUACGUGUUCUUCCUCGUACGAGUAAGUAUCCUUAUACAUGGGCACCAUAAUAUGUGUCCCAUGUGUUCGUAGAGUUAUGAGCUUGGUACAAGGAGUACCUAGUACAGAAUCAACAGGAAGGCAUCGAUCGUACUCUAAGUACCGAAAAAAUCAGGUCAGUUGGUAUCAAUCAGUAUCAGGA